AUGCAGAAUAUUCAUGAAGAGAAUCUAUUAGCAAAGUAUAUUUAUAAUGACGAUCUGUAUAGUGAAACAGACGAACAUGGAAUUGAUAUUAUUACACUUCGUUAUACGCUUUUUCAAUGUCGUAAACAACUUCUCGUCGCAAUUCAAUCGUUAUUCGAUACCGAAUUUGCUUAUGGUAAAGUUCAACUACGGGAAGAUUUCGAUAAGCUGAAAAGUCAAUGUGACGCUUUGAAAAAUGACUAUGAUCUGUUAAAAGCUGACUUUGAUGAUCUAAUCGAUCAUUGCAAAAUUUUAGUUCGACAAACGAAUGAAAUCCUUGCUGAACGAAAUACUUAUUAUUCCGAAUGGGAAUAUGCGAAGAGUCUUCUUACUCCACGACCGGAUUGGGAUAAAUGUGUUCCUUUGGUGAUAAAUUGGUCGAAAUUAUCGACUGGAAAAACAAGUGAUGAAUUAGUUGAUGUGAUAAUCAAUGAAAUUACUCAUGGAAACACAGAUGGAUAUCUCGAUAAGAACUUUCAAGGACGAUUAAAUAUGCGUCGUAGGAUUACGGGUUUACUCAUCAAAGAAAUUUGGGAACAUCGAUUCGAAUCGAAAUCGAAUUUGAAAUUUACGGAUUAUGUAACUACUUAUUUGAGUAAAAGAUUCGAUAACCAAGAUAGAGCAAUGGAAAUAAGUACGAAUCUUCCAGAUACAUGUUCGCGUUAUCGAAAUAACUACGAAAUCAAUCUUUUCUGGAAAAUAUUAACUGGUCAAAUGGAGGAAAACAUCUAUCAUCAUGAAAUGAAGGAAUUUGCUCGUAUCUUUCAAUCUUUCGUCAAAAUGUCUUCAAAACCGUUGUGGACAAUCCUAUGGUCGAGUUUAUCGAAUGUUCUUCGAGAACUCUAUCCCGAAUGGUCGACAGAACGUAUCUCAUCGCUUAUUCAAGCAGCGCAGCUAGAUACUCAUCAAGCAUCGAAAGAUGAAAAUGAUUUCCAGUUUAUGUUUUUGUUCAUGGAAGAUGACGAAGGUCAUAUCGGGAAUUUUCUUUCGACCAUUCGUCAAUUCUCAUAUCUGGAUAAAAUGGCCUACGUGGACAAAAUCAAAGACUUACUAAUUGGCCAUCCAUUAGUAUCGAUGAAUCAAUUCAAACAAGUUGUGCAAAUGGUCGAUCCACAUAUAUCGAAAGAGGAACUUCAACGAUAUGUUAGUUGGGUAUUCAAUUCGAAGAAAAUGGUGUUUGAUGAUAACAAAGAAAUCAAAUCACGUGACUUCGAAGAAAUUCUUCUUCGAUUAGAAUGCUGUUCAUGUUUUAUGCAUUGA